CGAGAUAGACCGGCAGGGAGGGGGGAGUGUAGACGUGUGGUGCCAGUCUAAUAUUCUCAGCACCUUCUUUUCCCCUGGACGACCGGAAGAUUCACAAUGAAUAACAUUGACUCGAGAGGGAUAGAAAGAGGGAAGUGCUCAAGGGAUGACUGUGAUUGUGAGCAAUAUGAGAGAUCAGAGAAGCACGAAUUUGAAUGUGCCUAUUGUGAGCAUUCACCUGCGAAACACGCCAAAUUGAGAGGAGGAGGAAUGAAGUUACCGAAUCCAUGUGCCUCGAUUCCUAAAGAUACACCGGACCAGGGGAACAUUGGAGCAUCGGGACAGCAGAAAGAUGAGGUGACAUUGGCUCAAAAAAUUCAAAUGACCUGCACUACCAUUGACGGAUUCAUUCAUAUACUUCCCCGGAAGGAAGUGAACGUAGAUCCAACGAAUCGUUUGGCAAAGUUCGAGUUUGGGGCGCCAGGACCUGGAAGUGUACCGGGAAAAGUACUCAUGCUAGUUGGAGCCACAGGAGCUGGAAAGAGUACACUAAUCAAUGGGAUGAUAAAUUAUUUGUAUGGAGUAAAGUGGGAUGAUCCAUUUCGCUUCAAACUGAUCGUUGACGAAGCAGGAGAGAUGACCCAAGCCCACAGCCAGACCAAGUGGAUCACAGCGUAUGUCCUGCACAACGAGGAGGGAUUCGCUUUGCCUUACACGUUGACCCUCAUCGAUACUCCCGGCUUUGGAGAUACUGAAGGGAUCAAGGCAGACGAUGAGUUGAGAAUUCAAAUCCGCGAAUUCUUUUCGCAUGGUGGGAACAUCGGAGUGGACCAGCUUGAUGGAAUCUGCUUCGUUGUCCAGUCCUCCUUGGCCAGGCUGACUCACACUCAAAAGUACAUCUUUGGCUCAAUCCUAGCCGUGUUUGGGAAAGAUGUUGAAAAAAUAAUUUAUGUGCUGAUUACCUUUUCCGACGAUGAGCCUGAUGCUAAGGACAUGAAUAGUUUCUUUUGGAAUAUGGGAAUGUCGAGCUUUGAGAGAUUCUUCAAGGGAUUCCGUCACACGGAGCCCGUCAGUUUGACUCUUACGCAAUAUGUCCUCAAGCAGAGGAAACACUUGGAGGUAGCACUCCAGGGUAUCUUGCCGCAAAUUAAAACAGCUUCGUCAAGGACGGAAAGGAUGAGGGAAACAUAUGCAGCACUGAAACAGCACGAAAGCGAGGCCGAUGCGAACAAGAACUUCACGUACAAAGUCAAGGUCACAAAGCAAAGAAAGGUCGACCUGGAAGUGGGGACGUACGUGACGAACUGCACAGUGUGCAGCUUCACCUGCCAUUAUCCAUGCCCCAAUCCAGGUGACUGGAAAAAGUUUUGUGCUGCGAUGACCGGUGGGUUUCUCUCUUUAAUUGGGAUCACCAGUAGCGUCUGUAAGGUCUGUCCAAAUAAGUGCGAGUGGGACAAGCAUCACAAUAACUCGUAUCGCUUCGAAACCUACGAGGUAGAGGAAGAACAAACUUAUGAAAAUUUGAAGAAGACAUAUGAGGAAGCUCAUAAGCAAAAAAUGGAUACCAAACGCAUUCUAGACCAGCUCAUCAAGGAUUUCAACAAAGAGAGGACCAACGUUCUGAAGCUGAUAAGAGAGGCGCACGAAUGCUUACACAAGCUCGACGAGAUAGCCCUGAAGCCCGAUCCAUUAGGUAUGACACAGUAUAUUGACCUUUUGGUUGAGAGCGAAAAACGAGAAGGAAAACCUGGGUUUGAGCAGAGGAUCACAUACCUUCUAGAUGCGAAGGAGAAAGCGAAAUUGGCCGAGAAUCUGGAUGAAAAUUAUGAUCCAUUUAAAGAAUGCAUGGAGGAUUUCAGUCAACUUGGUAUUGAUAUGUCUCACUUCGAUUCCAAAAAUUCUAAAUCAUGGGCUUUCCGUGCAUUUCAGAAAGCCAAAGAAAGAACUUUGGCGGUUCGGUUGUUCGGUGAGAAACGCUAA